AUGGCAGAGGCAGAAGCGGUGCAGCUGAAGGAGGAAGGGAACCAGCAUUUUCAGCGUCAAGACUACAAGGCGGCCACCAAGAGCUACAGCCAGGCCCUGAAGCUGACCAAGGACAAGGCCCUGCUGGCCACACUCUACCGGAAUCGGGCAGCCUGUGGCUUGAAAAUGGAGAGCUAUGCCCAGGCAGCUUCGGAUGCUUCCAGAGCCAUUGACAUCAACUCUACUGACAUCAAAGCCUUGUAUCGGCGAUGCCAGGCACUGGAGCAUCUGGGAAAACUGGACCAGGCAUUCAAGGAUGUUCAACGCUGUGCUACCCUGGAGCCAAGGAACCAGAACUUCCAGGAGACACUGCGGAGGCUCAAUACCAGCAUCCAGGAGCAGCUCCGUGCGCAGUUUUCCACAGAUUCCAGGGUACAGACGAUGUUUGAAAUCCUUCUCAACGAAAACAGCGAGGCUGAUAAGCGGGAGAAGGCUGCCAAUAACCUCAUUGUCCUGGGCCGUGAAGAAGCAGGGGCCGAGAGGAUCUUCCAGAGCAAUGGGGUGGGCCUGCUGCUGCAGCUGAUGGACACUAAGAGGCCUGAGCUGGUGCUAGCUGCAGUGAGGACCUUGUCUGGCAUGUGUAGUGGACACCAAGCUAGGGCUACAGCGAUCCUGCACACAGUCCGCACAGACAGAAUCUGCAGCCUCAUGGCCACGGAGAAUGAAGAGAUGUCCCUGGCUGUCUGCAACCUGCUCCAGGCCAUCAUUGAUUCCCUGUCUGGGGAGGACAAGCGAGAACAUCGAGGGAAAGAGGAGGCCUUGGUUCUAGACACCAAGAAGGACCUGAAGCAGAUCACCAGCCACCUGCUGGACAUGCUGGUCAGUAAGAAGGUAUCUGGGCAGGGCAGAGACCAGGCACUGAACCUACUCAAUAAGAACGUCCCCAGGAAAGAUCUGUCCAUUCACGACAACUCACGCACCAUCUAUGUCGUGGAUAACGGUCUAAGGAAGAUCCUGAAGGUGGUGGGGCAGGUUCCAGAUCUGCCUUCUUGCCUGCCUCUGACUGACAACACCCGAAUGCUGGCCUCCAUCCUCAUCAACAAGCUCUAUGAUGACCUGCGCUGUGACCCAGAGCGCGACCACUUCCGCAAAAUCUGCGAGGAGUACAUUACGGGCAAGUUCGAUCCCCAGGACAUGGACAAGAAUGUGAAUGCCAUCCAGACAGUGUCCGGGAUCUUGCAGGGGCCCUUUGACCUGGGCAAUCAGCUGCUGGGCAUGAAAGGUGUGAUGGAGAUGAUGGUGGCACUGUGUGGCUCGGAGCGUGAGGCAGACCAGCUGGUGGCAGUGGAGGCGCUCAUCCACGCCUCCACUAAGCUCAGCCGGGCUACCUUCAUCAUCACCAAUGGCGUGUCACUUCUCAAGCAGAUCUACAAGACCACAAAGAACGAGAAGAUCAAGAUCCGAACACUGGUGACGAGUGACAAGACCAUUCUGUACUCAGUGGCCAACACUCUGGUAAACUGCACCAACAGCUACGAUGUCAAGGAGGUCGUCCCUGAGCUGGUGCAGCUGGCCAAGUUCUCUAAGCAACAUGUGCCAGAGGAGCACCCCAAGGACAAGAAGGACUUCGUAGACAUGCGGGUGAAGCGGCUCCUGAAGGCAGGGGUCAUAUCUGCACUGGCCUGCAUGGUGAAGGCGGACAGUGCUAUCCUCACAGACCAGACCAAGGAGCUGCUGGCCAGGGUGUUCCUGGCACUCUGUGACAACCCAAAGGACCGGGGCACCAUUGUAGCUCAAGGUGGUGGAAAGGCCCUGAUCCCCCUGGCUUUGGAGGGCACAGAUGUUGGCAAGGUGAAGGCAGCCCACGGACUAGCCAAGAUUGCGGCUGUCUCUAAUCCAGACAUCGCCUUCCCUGGGGAAAGGGUGUAUGAAGUGGUGCGGCCCCUCGUGAGUCUCCUGGAUACACAGAGGGAUGGGCUUCAGAACUAUGAGGCUCUCCUAGGUCUCACCAACCUGUCUGGGCGCAGUGACAAACUUAGGCAGAAGAUUUUCAAGGAGAAGGCCUUGCCAGACAUUGAGAACUACAUGUUUGAAAACCAUGACCAGCUACGGCAGGCAGCCACUGAAUGCAUGUGUAACAUGGUGAUCAACAAGGAGGUUCAGGAGAGGUUCCUGGCUGAUGGGAAUGACCGUCUAAAGCUGGUGGUGUUGCUCUGCGGAGAGGAGGAUGACAAACUGCAGAAUGCAGCUGCCGGGGCCCUGGCCAUGCUGACCGCGGCACAUAAGAAACUGUGCCUCAAGAUGACGCAGGUGACAACCCAGUGGCUGGAGAUCCUACAGCGGCUUUGCCUGCAUGACCAGUUGUCAGUGCAACACCGGGGCCUGGUCAUUGCCUACAACCUGCUGUCAGCAGAUGCUGAGCUGGCCAGGAAGCUGGUGGAGAGUGAGCUGCUGGAGAUCUUGACUGUGGUGGGAAAACAGGAGCCAGAUGAGAAAAGGGCAACUGUGGUUCAGACAGCCCGGGAAUGUCUCAUCAAGUGCAUGGAUUAUGGCUUCAUCAAGCCAGUGUCAUAGAAAGUGGUUCACAGGGGUGCUGAGAUUGGUCCUGAACUCUCAGGAGUCUUGAGCUGGGUCCUCCCAAAGUGUCAGUUCAGCCAAGGACCACAGCAGUGACAAAGAAUUCUCAUCAAAAAGGAAAAACUUGGUUGUCUCUCGAGUUGUGAAUCUUCCCAUUGGUCCUGGGGAAGUUUGAGUGUUCCUCUGGCUGCCUUACUUCCUGACUCCCUAAAUUUGUCAGGUCCCAGAAAUAUCUAGGAUAACAUCUAUCUGUGAUCAGGAAACAGGAAGGACAAUUCUGUCGUGUCUAUUCUGAAGAGCAGAAUAAAGGGCUAUAGGCUGGUUUUUGUUUUUUGGUUGUUUGUUUUGUAUUUUGAAAAAUUGUGGAGUGGCAAGGUAGGAACUAACAGGUGUGUGACCAUAAAGAUCAAUGCUGUCUUUCAAUUUGGA